UGUAUUAUGUUUCCAGGUAGUAUCUAAUAUUUUUUUUGUAUCUUUAUUGUCAUGGUCAAGGUUACAUACUUGAAUUACAUUUCCUCCUGUGUUUCUUAGUUCUGUGUCUAAUAUAGUUUCAACUUUUAAGAUAAAUGAUUUAUGGAACUCACACAAAAGAUGCUAAAUAUGUACAGGUACCAGGUAUUAUAUUUUAUUUAACCUCUCUUAGUGUGGGUGGAAGCAUCCCUUUAGUAUGGGCGUACGUCAGUGAAUUUCAGCCUCCCAACAAACGAGGUGGUGCGUUGAGUACCAUAGCUACAUUCUGGAUGGUUGGGAAUAUUCUUGUUGCAGUAUUUGGUCUUGUGAUAAUUCCCAGCGACAUUGGCUUUGUGAGUCCAAACUUUUCUUACAACUCAUGGCGAAUCUUCCUCACCGUGUGUGCUCUUCCUUCACUCAUUAUUGCCAUAGUAAUAAUAUGGCUCCCGGAAUCUCCCAUGUAUUUACUACUAAGAGGCCGCCAUGACGAAACUAUUGCUGUUCUACAGAAAGUAUAUGCUCAAAAUAACAAUAAAUCACCAAAGAAAUACCCAGUGACUUUAAUUAACACUUCCGGGCUAAAAAUUCAGGCAGACAUAAACCAAAGUUUGUGGAAGUCAUUUGUAAUGGCCUUCUAUCAGACAUUUCGCCAGACAAAUGCUUUGUUUGGUCGUUCUCUUCUACGAGUUACCAUCAUUAUGCUCUUGAUAAACUUUGCAAUACAGUUUGGGUACUAUGGGCUCUGGUUAUGGUUUCCAGAGCUUUUCAAUCGUCUUGAACAAUACUAUGAUGAGCAUCCCAAUGAAGAGGUCAGUGUGUGUAAUCUGGCCCACUACCAUGGAAACUCCACUGUUACCCCAAGUUCUUGCGAUUCUGAUAAACCAGCAAUAGACCAAAAAGCUCUUAUCAAUACUCUCAUCACUUCUGUAGCUCCCCUGCCUGCUAAUUUGUGGACCAUUUUCUACAUGGACAGACUUGGAAGACAAUUCUUUUUAGUGUUCAGCAUGGUGUUGUCUGGUGCUGCAGCAUUUGGUGUGUAUUUUGUGAAGACUGCAACUGAUAACCUCAUUCUCGCCUGUGUGUUUGGGGCUGUUAGUACCAUGGGCUUCAAUGCUCUUGAUUGCCUUGGUGCGGAAUUGUUUCCUACACAUCUACGGUCAACAGCAUUGGCAGUCACCUUGCUGUCUGCUCGCAUAGGAGCAAUAGCAGGCAAUAUUGUAUUUGGCUACCUGGUGGAUGUCUACUGUGCUAUUCCAAUAUUUAUGGUCGCAGCCCUGUUAGUGUCUGGUGGCCUUCUUGGAAUAAUUCUCCCCAACACAACAAGAAAGGCAUUAACCUGAGACAACAUCACCAUACUUUUAAACAUCUCGAAACAACUAGCUUAUCAGAAGUGGAAAUGCAGAGGCUUGUUUGGUUGCUAAAUCAUUAUGGACAGUGGGAAUGCUAUCCAGUAUACAUAUAUAAUCUUACACAGUUCUGCUUAUACUGUAUCAGUUCUUAUUUAAUGGUAAAUGUUAUGGUAAUACCUCGAAUAUUCUGUCAUUAGCACUUACACGUUAGUAUUUACUUUUACAUAUGUUCUUGAAUGAUUUUCUCUAUCCUGUAUGCUCUUUAAAAUUUAUGACGCUACUUAGGAUUCAGGCAUAUGUCACAGGAGUCAAGAAUGAGCUUUUAUAAACAGUUCAAUUUAAUUCUUACUGGACUUACCCCACAACAGUUGCAGUCAAAGUAACAGCAAAUUGCCACAGUAUCCCCAUCUGCAUAGGGCUUUAUUAUCUUUAAGUUUGAAUAGGUGCAGGGAUCAAAAUGUUUUGAGAAAUUUCUCCACAAGCCAAAUAUACAUUAAAGUGGUCCCUUGGUUAACGAACACAAUUCGUUCUAGAAGGUCGUUCGUUAACCGAAUCCGUUGUUUCAAUGGGAUAUUGGGUAAUUGGUUCCAGCUCACCUAAAAUUACAUACAAAGUAAAAAAAA